AUGGUUCGCACUGGAGCAAAUGGUCCACCAAGAGUGAGGUCUCGACGAGCUGACGGUGUACUGUUCGUCUUGGCGCUUGUUGCAUCGAGUACUCUACAGGGCUGCCUACCUCCUGACUGGUCAUUCUGCGACUGCGACUUCCGUGAUAACUUCUGGGACAGUAUUCUGAAUGAUGUACACCUGCUCUGGGAUGGUCCAGACUUUGUGCGAAAAGCCAGAGAUAACAGAACCUUCCAGGGAAGAUAUUUGCAAUCGCCGCCAAGCGACCUGAACUGUCCCGUAAACCCAAGCGUUUUCUGGAAGGCCUGGCCGCAAUACGGAAUUACACGUGGGCUGAUUGAGGGCUCAAUGGGAGAUCUCUGGAUGCCCGGAGCCAGAGACCGGUUCAAACAAGUUUGUAUAGCAGGGCACCUGGCCUUGAUGGCAAUCUGCUCACAGCACUUCUUGGUGAGAUCUGCACGAGCACAGGAGGCAGGCGAUCCUGACCACAUGAAGUGGCUUGAGGCAUCUUUCGGUCACAUGGUCGCAAUUCGUAACCUCGGCCAGGCAUACCAAAUUCGUCAAUGCAUGGGCCAGCAAGGUUGGUCGCUGGACGUCGGCGCUUUCCAUAAGUACACUGAAAGAUGGAUAGGCCGAGAAGCUGUUGGGACUGUUCCUCAAGCUGCAUAUUUCAACGGUCAGGUCGACCCUUGGCAAAUGCUUUUCACCAAGCCGAUGCACCACAACGAGGAGAGCCGAGCUGCGGCCUUGCCGGAUCGACGUGUCUGUGUUCCCUUUAAGGACCCGGCAUGUUGGAAGCGGAAAUCCCAGUUGCUAAUAGAGACGUGCGAGUAUUGCUGCAACCCCUUCCAACACAAGACAGGGCGUGGUGCGAGCUGGUGCUGGGAUGACGAAUGGACAUAUGAGAGAUGUUGCCAGCAGGACUACAAGGACCUUGUGUGCGAAGUCCAGCGAAAGGGCGAGGAAGGUGGAUGCGUCGACUGCAAAAAGUCCGUGACAUACAACUGCAUGACGCCGCCCGAAAAGCGGUUGAAGGAUGCUCAGGACAACUACAACAAGAAGGUUGAUCUCUUUAAUAGCUUGCAGGACAAAGCCCGGACACUUGCACAGGACAUAGCGGCAGCAAGGGCGGACCUGAUCAGCAAAGAUGCAACAUACCAGGAGCUUCACACUGACCUAAAUACGAAGCUCCGGAUUUGGCAUGUCGCAUUUAAUAACGCUUCAAGGCUGUUGUCGGCCGCUCGGCUGCGCCAGCAGGAGCUAACUUGGAACAACUCGAACGAGGCCUUACAACAGUCACAAGCAACGCUGCGAUCGGCACGAGGAGCGACAUCUACUGCGCAGGCCACAGUUGCCGAGGCCAGAAGGCAAGAGCAACUGGGCAAACAGCUGCUUGCAAACAACGAGUCGGCCUAUGCGAAAGCAAAGAGCCACCAUGCAGCAACCAAAGAAGCUCUAACGAACAGCCAGGACAAGCGGAAAACAGCGGAGACGGUGGUUGCAGAAGCCGAAGCGACGCUGGAGGCCGCAAAGACAACUGCCAAGGUGGCCUUUGAGACCUCGCUUUCUGCGAAUGAGUCUUCAGAUGCUACCCACAGAAACACAAGAAAGCCAUUAGAGGAGGCGUCUUCUUUGAGAGACGCAUUGCGAGCAACGGCCUGGGCAAGUCAAUCCCAGCACGGCCACUUUGCAGCUCUUCGGACUGCGACUGCGUCUGCGACUGCGUCUUCGCGGGGCGCAGCAUGUCAGGACCGAUCCGUAGACACUGCGACAACAGCAGCUCGGGUUCGUUCUGCACAGCGAUCGGUCAACGAGGCAGCAGCCGUCCGCAACCGCAGUGCAGAAGAUCUUCAUGUGGCUUCAAAGACUGAAGAACUCUUUCACCAAGUGCUCACCAAUUGUACAGUGGGACCUGAUGGAUCAUCUGGUGCACGAUGUCUCAUUGAUGUCACACCGGCCAACAAGUCCGCGAAGCCUCUUUUGUCGAAGUCGUCCUGGCGCAAAGAACUUUGCAACACCUGGCAGGCACCGCAUGGAUGCCCAGAUGGCCAGAGCUGCGAUUGCUCCAUCGCGUGUGAUAGCGAGCCAAGUGCGCAAGCCAGUGAGAUGCGAAUAAACGCCCUUGUGCAGCAGAUGCUCGAGACUCAGCGUCUGGCAGAACAGGCCCUUGCUCGGCAAAGAAGCAAAAAGGACGAUUUUGAUGAAAUCGAGGUGUACAUUCCUGCUGAGCUGAUCAAUGCCGUGGAAGCGGCAACCCAGAAAGUGGCAUCAGUGAAAGAGAGGCAAGCGGCAGCUGCCAAGGAUUCCAGGGAGGCACAAAACAUGCUGGAGAAGGCAAAGUCUGCUCGUGAAGCAGCGGACAAGAAACAGAGAUCUGCACAAGACAAGCUUGUUCAAGCACAGGGCCAGGAGAAAGACUUGCUUUCGCAGCUGACUGCAGCACGAGUGGACUUGGACCGAAACAUGACGUCGCUACAAGAGUUGAGGCAGCAUCUGGCAGAGGCCAACCAGACAGCUCAGAAGGCGUCAGCGAUGCUAGCUGAUGCCAUCAGACGCGAAGACUGGAGCAAGACACUCUACCACAAUUUGACGAAAGAAGCAAGCAGGAAAAGGCAGGAGAAUAACACGGAAGUCCUGCGAAGAGACGAAGCUGACAAGAAAGUCCAAGUGUUGAACGAGUCCCUCACGGAAAAUCUCACAGUGCUUGUCUCGGCCUGGCUGCGUCAGCAAGAGACCGCCGGUGAGGCCUCCCACUCUGCGCGUUGGAGCGAGCGGCUCCUGGCAGCGGCCAAGGCCGUCCUGGUGAACAUGGUGGGGUCCUUCGAGAGUUUUCUGGAAAACUAUGUCAUCAGCAUCUCGGACAAGGACGCAGCCAUGCAGGUAAUGCGAGCUGUGGAGGACUUGAAGGCCGUGGAGCUGAGUGCUCUGGAGGCCGAGAAGAACGCGGAGGACGCCGCAGAACAGGUGCGGCAGGCGGAGGGCAAGGUUGCGGAAGCCGAGGCUGCCAGGAUGCAUUCCGAUUCGAAAGCCCGCAACGCAACCAGCGCUUUUGAGGAGGCGAAGGAUGUCAUGCUUUCUGCAGAGCGCUUGCUGAACCAGACCAGGGUCGUCGUCGACACUGUGGGGCAACAGCUGCAAGAUGCGAAGGUGUUGGUUGGCAAGAUCAAGGCGGAGGUUGAUGCCGCAGUGUCAGAUCAUCAAAAGGCUGUUCGUGCAGUCGAACUGCAAGCAGACAGCGUGAGGACUUUCCAAGCCGUGGAGACUCUGUCUGCUGGGCAGGCGGACCAAGGCUUGCGCAUUGCCGAACUCACUGCGGAGUCGCAGCUUGUUGCGGGCCGCUUGACGCAAUUGGAAGGUAAAGUCAAGCAAAUCCAAUCUGCGGGGAGUACCCCGUCGACCACUGAUGGAGGCAGAGUACCAGCAUUGAUCAUGGGGGGCUGGGCCCCCGACACUCCAGCCAGUGAAGUUCUUCAAAAGGCCAAUGAGAUGGCAAGGGACUUGCAGCUUCAACUGAACAUGACAGAUGCAUUCGUCCCAGGAGUUCGCAGGGGAUUCGUCCUCAUCCCCUUGUCACCUCAAGAUGGUGAAUCUGAAGAAGCUAUGCGACAACGAACCCAAGCAUGCAUUCGGAGAGUGAACAGUGCCAACGUUUCAUUAGGCCGCAAAGCUGAUGGCAAUCCAGCAAAGCUCUGGCUCACUGUGUCCCAACCUCCUGAACGACGCCGCCGUGCCGCCCUUGCAGGAAAGGUCAAGCGCCUGAUCAUCGAAGCAGGGGGCACAAGCACCCUCGCCCGCAUCGAGCCAGAGUGGGCAACUGGAACAGUUUGGUUCAGGAUCGCCGAACUCUUGGGUGUAGACACAGAGAGGCUGGAACGAGUGUGGGGGACGCCGGACCUCUCCCGACUGCAAGUCGUCUUUCUCCAAGAGAUGACGACCUCAGGCGGACCGCAUUUUGCGUACAAUGAGACCUGGAUGCUGCUGCACGGCAAACGUGAUGUUGAGUGGAGAGGCUGUGGGGUUGCAUUCCUGAAAGUUCUAGGGCACCACGAGUCCACGUGUAUCCGUCAAGCUGCCUUGUGCACUGUCCUUAAGACUCAUGACGGCAAAGCGCUUGGUUUGCUCGCGGGGCACAUUUCCCACCGCUUCAGUAUCGCGCAGACGGCGGAAGCUCUCUCCGACUGGGGACUUUCCCCAACUAUGUCAUGCACGCGCGUCUUGUUGGGAUUUGAUGCCAAUGAGACCUUACUCCAGCCUGGGGGCGCGCUAGGAUUGAUUACCUUGCAGCUAAAGGGGUACACGUGUCUCAGAUUGUUGUGGGAUCCUUUCGUGACAGAGCCCGAUCUGAUCACGAGAAUCGCCAGGGAAGGGGGCCUCCCCUGGGAAGCCAGACUGUGGCUUAGCUUGCUUGAAGCCAGAGAGCUGACCUUCCACGUUGAUAAACGUCAAGUUCGCAUCGAACAGUCCAACGGGGUGAGGCAAGGUAGCCCCGACAGCCCCGUGCUUUUCGCCGCCAAAAUAGGAGAAGCCCUUGACGCCACCCUGGCUGCCGUCAAUGGGGGAGCACCCCCACAUGUUGGCCGACACAAAGCACUAGAGCCCCCGCCGCACUCUGGAGCAGCGUUUAUGGAUGACACGUAUGUCUGGGGAGAAUCCCCAGAAUAUGUCCAACAAGUCCUCGCUGAGCUGGAGGUCAGGCUCCGUGCUAUCGGAUUACUGAUCAAUGCGAAGAAAACUCAGGUCAUCUCCAACAUCGACGAUGACCCCUUCAGGUUUACGAUUGGUGGCAAAACCGUCAAGCCUGACGGACCCAAGACCGUCAUGACCAUCCUAGGUUUUGACAGUUCGCCGGUGGAGUGCGCUAAGCCUUUGUUUCUCAUGCCGACCAUGCUGCUUCAACUUACAUGUCACAGAUCGCCCACCCAGCAAGCUCAGCAGGUCUGGCAAGUACAGCUGACUGACCGCAUCUGCCGUGCUCACAGUUCGCAGUGCGUGGACCGCCUCGACCGAAAAGGGGGAAGACGCCCGGGCCGUGCAGUGGUGCUCACCAUCGCAAUCAUGGGCACCUACCUCAUCUACUCGGGACACUCGAUGUCUCCCGCGACUACAUCGACCAGUAGCUCCGACGAGGAUUCCGACAUGCCGCUAGCGCCACCAGAAACCGAGGAGGAGAUCCAUGGAGAAGGAACCACCAGAGCCGAGCGACAGGCCAGCACGUCACCGACCUGGCCUUGUCGGCACCGCUUCGAUGGCAGCAGCAAUGCCAUCCAUUCAAAGUUCCUUGACCUCUCCGCCUACGGCGACGACACCGACCCAUGCUCAAGGAUGACGUGCCACUACCCCAGCACCAGCCACCAGAACCUGCGGCCACCAGAGGACCGGGACGACUUCAUGCACAACCUCGUCAACCUGGACAUCCAGAUACUACGCAUCAUCCACAACCAUCGAACGGGCAACUACCCGGGGGAUCACAAAAUCCUCCCUUUGAUGAAUGGGGAUCACUGGCGAGAACCCUGGCAAAUGAUGGACCGCUAUUGCCGCCUUCGCAAUGGUCCCACAACGUUAUGGGGCAACAACCAGCCCCCGCUGAAGAAGCCCUACAGGAAGUACCUCAACAAGCACCUCAGCAAAUACCACAUGAACAUCCACCAAAUCUACCCGAAAGUGACCCGCGCCGAGCUCAACAACCACGACCUCAUCAACCUCAACACGAGCACAGUGAAGGCGACUUGUGGGGGCCCAGCAUCGGGGAACCAAGACCCCAGUGAGGAGCCAGCUCCAACAGAGACAGCGCAAGCCCAGGAAGAUGAGGACGACGAGUGGAUCGAAAUCGUUGAUGACGCGGAGGAGAUUCCUCCUCCUGCAGAAGAAGAUGAAGAUGGGUGGAUAAGUGAUGUCAGUGACACUGAAGAAGAGGCUGGGCAUGGGAGCCAGAGGGUGAAGAACAAGGCGCGAAAGUCCGAUGUCAAAAAGCUCUGGCAGGAGGACAUCCACAUCAACAACAUCCUCCUUCUCCUCCAGAACAACUCGCUCCGCAGACCACAGGGGAAAGAAGAAAUUAUCCAACAGCUCCGCGACCCAAUUACAACUGGAUGGGGAGACCCUGCUACCCAGUUGGGAACAACGAGCUCGCAGACGGACCGUGCCGGAGACGUUCUUUUUACCCAGCCACCGCACCUGACAGCUACAGCUUCGACCCCCUCUUCGGCCAGCGGACAACCAGCGCAACCCGACAUCUCCGACCUCGAGGCCCAGGCUAACAGCGCAGUCCAUCAGGGGAGAGCCCCUAGAUGGGAAAUUGAAGACGACACCACCAGCAUGCGCUCGUCCAUCCGGAUAGGCGAGGUCAGCUUUGACAUCUCCUGGUUCCAAGGUGCUGGUCCUCCUACACUGCCGCCAACCAUACCCAUUGCGCCAAAUGUGGUCUUCAGCGCGCGGGGCACGGUAGCGGGCUCCUGGCGAGGGGUCUUGUGGACCCCUCAGCAGCACGAAACCAUCCGUCAUCCUCCGCGAGUUCGGCAUGAACCCUCCAUGGUGGCUUACAAGACGCAGAGCACGGCAUGGAGGAUGGGGCCUACAUUAUCGCCGGGGGUGACCCUGACCAUGUACCCAGUGGGAGAAUGGAUUGCGGUCACUCGUUUUGAAUUGAGUUUCGCGCGAACACCGCGCUUUUGGCUCGUUGUGGUCGAUGCAGUGCCGGACUCAACGCAGGCGGGUGAACUGCCUUUGCAGGGUGGCGAGCAAUUUUUCCUCGAGUGGCAGGGCAUCAAACGCGAGUGGGUGAGACGGCCCAGGCUUCCCAGCCACACAGACGAGGGGGAGUCCCCCGGCAUCAUCGUCGUCUUCGUCGUCCUCAGCAACCCAAAGGGGACGUCCCCCUACGUCCAGUGCGAGCCCGCAGACAAUAGGAGAAGUGGAUACGAGCACUAUGACGUCAACUGCGACUAUGACAUCAAGCACCACAAGGACCGAGGAUCGGAGUCUUGGAUCCCAGAGGCAGCCCCGCAGACGGCAAUGGAACUACUACAAGCUUUGACCAAAGUGAUCCACGAACUCCUGCAAGCGUCCUUCUCGCAGCCCAACGAGCAGGUCACUAUCCUGGCAUACCGUGCAUGCAGCUACCUGACCCAAAUACAGGCCCUGGGACCCAUACAGGGAAAUGCACCUGUUGUGGGGGGAGCACCCCCGCCACCGCCUACAGCUGCGACAUUUACACUGGACAACCCUUUGAUCGAGGCCGACGCGACCCUCAACCAACUACUUCAAGGCCACCGGGACAUCCCCCGCAGACACCUGUACAACGAAAUGGCACGGGUGGAACAACUUCUCAGCGAUACAAAACAUAUGUUGGCCGCUUGGGGCAAAGACCCUGCAGUUCCAGGCGCACACGAAGGCAUUGCGGGGAUUAAAAAUGCCCUGGAUGCCAUGGACUGGUGUCACCUAGCUGUGGAGGAAGGCAACAUUGCACAGAUUGAGGAAACCUUACAGAUUGCAAUGCAAGCCACCCAACGGAGCCGGAACUACAUGGACAUGCUCAUCGCAUGGAUACAACGUCGCUUUGAAGAUGACGCGGGGAGCCCCCCGAAACGUAAAAGGACUACGGAGAGAGCCACUGGGAGCGGGGAAUCCCCCGUUUUCGUUCCACAGCCGCAGCAGCCACCACCACAAGAAGAUCCUGCACCCCGUCGACGAGGCCCUGAAGUGGAGCUACUACCCGAUCAGGGACAUGAAGACGGCGAAGGAGGACAUAGUCGGCCUCCCCUCCAACGACGACAUCCAAUGCACCCACCGACGGACGGUGGGAUGGAGACAGAAGCUAGCCCCUACGCCAUAUUGAGGGCCCAACAGUUGCUGAAGCAAGCGCUACCCUUCCUCGAACAGGAGCUGGCGGUGAUCGUUUCGCAAGCAUAUGCCAACUUAUACACCUGGACUACGGCAAUAUGGGGACAUCCCAUUCAGCUCGUGGAUUCCCCCGAGAACGAGGACAUCCAGCAGUCCGAGACCCUUUUGGAAAUGGAAGGGGACACUACCCCUGCAAGCCAAGCGGAAACCGUGAUGAUGCCAGCACACAGCAGGGGGAGAACCCCCACGGUUACCCCGAGAUCGCCACGCGAAAGACAGCCCUCGCACCGUCGACGGCGACUUCAUGCAGCCCUGGCGAACUCCAGCAACGACGAGUCCGACUAA